AUGCAAAAUCACAGUCAUAUACCGAACUCACCAUUAUUUCCACCACUGCAGUUGAGUACUACAAGCAGCAGUACUAGAGACCGGCUGCAACUGCAACUGCAACUGCAACUGCAGUCACGACCACAUCGCAAUCUGUCGGUAUCUCAUCCACAACAUCAAGUGUUUUUACCAACACUACCUGACAAACCAACUACUGGUACUUCUUCCUUGGCUGCAUACAUUAUCCCAUCAGAACCAGUAUUGUUUGUCCAGGGAUUUGAAUCUCAUGAAUACGAAUCACGUCCACCCACUUUACUCCGUGGAUCACUAUACAUACGUGUGUUUAAACCAACAAAAAUCAAGUCGAUUACUUUAAGUUUCAAAGGAGUGCAGCGCACUGAUUGGCCUGAAGGAAUACCACCGAAAAAGAAUGUGUACAAUGAAAACAAUGACAUUAUUACUCACACAUGGCCGUUUUUCCAAGCAUCACCAACAUCAGCACCUAUACCAAAUAAUGGAGCUGAUAUCUAUAUAGAGAAAAAUGGAGAAACUCAUCAUAGUUCAACAUCACCUGGAGAUGAUCUUAGUGCCAUUAGGUCAAAUACUCCACCACCAUUGCUGCAUAGAUCAUCUACUGGUGGAUCUUCAAUUGCAUCAUCUACGUCCUCCUCCAACCACCACCAUCAUCAUCACCAUAAUGACAAUUUCUUCACGAGAAAUUUAUCACCUAGCUUUAUAAGGAGAUCAAAAUCACCUGCCCCUAAUGAAUCCUCAAGUGCAUUUUCCGAUUUAACUUCAAUUGUUUCUCCUUCCAAUAAUGACCCAAACUCGAGUAUGCUUUUCAAUCCUGGUGAUUAUUUGUACAAUUUUGAACAUCCUUUACCACCAUCUAUUCCUGAAUCCUGUAAUGUUACAUUUGGAUCUACAAGUUACAAUUUGGAAGUCUCUAUACAAAGACCAGGUACUUUUAAAUCCAACUUGUCAGGUAAAUUACCAAUCACCAUUGUUCGUACACCAUCAGAACUUAAUAUGGAAGAAAAUGAGUCCAUCGUCAUAUCACGAGAUUGGGAAGAUCAGAUCAAAUAUGAUAUCGUUAUCGGAGCUAAAUCAGUGGUUCUUGACUCUUAUUUACCAUUAGCAUUCAGAUUUGUUCCUUUAUUUGGUAAGGUUGCCUUGCAUCGAAUAAGGAUCUAUUUGACUGAAAACUUGGAAUACUAUUGUUGCAACAAAAAAGUUCAUCGCAUGGAACCAGUUAAAAAGUUUUUGUUGUUGGAACACAAGGCAAGAAAAGGACGCUCAUUGUUGCAGAAAAACCCACAAGAUGAAUCAACAGUUGGGUUGGAUGAAUAUGAUGAAGAUGUGUUACCCAAGGAGUUGGAAUUUCAAUUGUUUGUUCCUCAUCAAGUGAUUGGUCGAUUAAAUUCGCAGAUUCAUCCCGAUACUUCAUACGAAAACAUUCAAGCACAUCAUUGGAUCAAGAUUUGUUUGAGAAUUAGUAAGAUGGACCCUGAAAAUGAAGGCAAGCGAAAGCAUUAUGAGAUUUCCAUUGAUUCACCCAUACAUGUCUUGUCACCAUUGGCAGCUCAUAGCAACACGUUACUUCCUGCAUAUGAUGACUUGGUUGAUACUCCUUCUUCAGCAGCAUCACAAGAACAAGCUGCAUCUACAGUUAGAUCGCCUUCAGAAAACCCAUUAUCACCUGAUGUCAUUGCUGUCGAUGGUAACACCUCCAGACCUAUUGAAUUUCAUCAUAUUUCAACUGAUAUGGAUGUGGGGGCUACUGAACGAGACGCCGAUAUGCAUUUGGAGGCCAAUUUGUACAAGCCCAAGGAUCACAUGACCAUCACCACAAUUAAUUCUCCACAAGCCAAACCACAUCCAGACACAUUUACAUCACCUUUGAAGUCUCCAGUUCAGCGUCCUAUACAUUUGAUUAGAAAGCCUUCUACAGCACCACCUCCAUUUGAAGAAAGUACUAAACUGCCACCAGUUAUGUCAUUGCACCCACCAGCAUAUGGCGAUAUAUUACAUUCCAAUGGCAAUACUGCCAAUACCAGUGGUGGUGGUAGUAGUAGUAGUAGCAGAGGUCCUUCUGGUGAUGGUCGUGGCCGUGGUGAAGGCUCAUUAAGCUUGAGUCCAUUAAGAAUUGAUGAUGAAGUUGGACAACAAUUUGCCAAUCCAUUAACAACACCAAACAGUGCUGUUAGUGGUGCUUUUUCAGUGGAAAACACGACUGGUUUACAAGUGAAUACGGUUGCACCCGUGAGAGAUUUGUUGAUUCAGCAGUUGCAAGGGCAUGGUAAUGGUCCACACAAUACAUCUCCACCAGAAACGCAAGAAGAGCAUGCAACAACUUCGAUGGUUGAUGAGCCAAUAGCAGAUGUUGUGGUGCCAGAGAUAUCGAUUCAAGGAACUGAUGUUAGUUUAGAAGGCGAUGAUGUACCAGAAGAAGCUAUCGUCAAUGAAUCAAUAAAUGGUGUCAACAAUCAGUCACUUUCAGGGCAACACGGUGGUAGCAGAACUCAUCUUUCAUUAGACAAUGCAGUUUUUGAUGAUGACGAGGAAGGUGAUCUUGCAAAUGACCCACAUUCACCAAUUUCACCCAGUCUUGCACCAAUUUCAUUUUCUCACAGGAGGAGUAGUAGCAGAGGCACUGAGGAUUUGGAAAGGAUUGAUAAUGACACAUCUUCAACUUCACCAACCAACAAGCAACGCAACAGCAAUGCCCCCACUGCCCCCACUGCCCCCACUGCCCCCACUGCCCCAUCACUGCCUCUUCGUCAACACUCACAUGUUGUGUCUAAUGACUCGAGAUCUUCGCGAUCAUCGUCCAUUUCCACCACUAACUCAUUUGAAUUACCAGUCGAGCAAACAUUACCAUUGCUCAAUAUGUCUACCAGCUCCAUCCAUCCAACUACGACAUCUAUGGACAUUGCAUCAGCGACGAAUACGAAUACGAGCACGAGCACAGCCCAGUCUCACGACCCAUACUUGAAUGAUGAACGCAAUUUUUCUAUAUCUUCAUCAAUUUACGAUUUAUCUUACCGUCGUCCGAGUCAACCAUUAACUGGAAUGAAACCCAUGGGAAUCAUUAGUGAUUAUAUUUCAGCUCAUGAUGAUGAUUUCUACAAGUUAAAUAGUUUGCAUCAUUUGCGGAAUCCAAGGAUAAAGAAACAUUAUCAAGAUCAAGGUGCUGGUGACGAUAACGACAACAAUGAUGUUGAAGUUGACGGUGAUGGUGAUGGUGAGGGUGAGGGUGGAGACACCAAGACUACAGCAACUCACUCAAGUGGGAAUGCAGCUACGGUUGCUGCUGGCAAUGAAGAUGCUGUUGAUAAAACAAGACAACAUAGUUUUGGUGUUGUUGGAAGUAACUUUAACGACGAUGAGUACGAAGUUGAAGAAGGAUCGAGUUUGAGUUCCAAUGAAGUACAACGUCAAGGACAUGAUCAGAGAGGGUCUAAAAGCGCUGAAGGUAGUGGUGAUGUACAGAAUAUUCCACAUGGAUUGAAAAUGGGGUUUGUCAUGAACAACUAA